CAUAACAAAUGCGCCUCAGAAACGAUUGCAAAAGAAUUAAAAGUUGUGGCCGAUUUAGGUGUUAUCUCUUGUAGGUAAAGGAAAUAUAAAACAUUAAGAUGCCGUUCAAACGUUCACCUAUGCGGUUUGCCCAUAUAGUGGGAUAUACUAUAGUCUUCUACCAGGAUGAUGGCAAUUGCAUUGUUAGCGUUGGAUACGAUGGAGACUUUCGCAUCUGGCACGGCAUUGGCGACGACGAUCCACCGACAACCUGCAUCGGAGAGCAUGCAUGGACUGCGCUCCAGUACGGCGAUCGUGUGCUGAUCGCGACCGAUCUUAACACGGUGCAAGCUUGCAAAUAUCCGUCCCUGGAAAAGGAUGGUAUUGAGUUUCGGUUUACGGCCUACGUAACUUGUAUAGCCAAAAACAAGCGGUUUCUGACUGCCGGUUCGGAAGAUGCCACCAUAAAAGUCCUUUCGACUGAUAAUGGCGAGCAGUUUGAAUUGGAAAACCUAGGCGGUCCCGUGCUGUGCAUCGAUCUUAGCAAGCACAACCUUAUUGCCGCUAGCAUUGGUGAUGGUACUAUCCGUGUUUGGGACAUGAACACGAAAGAGCUCAAGAAGACGAUCGACGGUCUGCCGAAAGUUAAAAGUUUCGAAGCUGUUCUUCAUUUCUCAACACCCUCUUUCGAGCCGAAAACUGGUUCCCUGAUGGCAUACCCACUUGAGAAGGAGGUAAUCGUGGUGAACACCAAAACCUGGCAAGUUGUAAAGAAAUUCUCGAAACCGAAGCUUUCCGCCGAUCUUACGGUCUGCGCCUUUUCACCGAUGGGUGACUAUUUGGCGGCCGGAAGUGAGGUAGGAGAGGUAAUCGUGUGGGACUUCGACACACAGAAACUGAUCGAUGGAUGUGCACAGUUUGGGACGUAUCCGAUCACAAGAAUCGUGUGGAAUCCGAAGAAUAACGGCGAACUGGCCGUGUCGGAUGCAAACGGGCAGAUUGGUACGGUGACGGAAAUUUUCUUAGAGGCCGAAGAAGACGAUGACGGUGCCGGGGAAGAUAUCGUGGAGAUGGCGGAAAAAGAGGAGGAAGACGGCGAUGAUAAAAUGUUCGAUGAGUUUGUAGUAAAAGAAACCGAAGUGGAGGAUAACGAUGAUAACGGCGAUGGGCCUGACGAUGAUGAGCUGAACGAAAACUGUGUUGAGAUAGAAAAAUUAAAGUCGCAGGUUCUGGGACCGACACAACGGGCACCUGAAAAUGACGCUCUUUCUGACGUUGACGAUGAUGGGGCUUCUUCGGUUCGCAGUGAGCGCUUUAUCGGGCCAAAGUCAUUCCCUCAACAGCAUCCGUUUCAACCUGGCUCGAGUCCUCACUCGCAGGACCAUUGCUACCUUGUGUACAAUCAUGUCGGAAUGGUACGACGACACGCGACCGAGAAGGAAAACUCGAUCGAGGUGGAGUUUCACAACUCUCAGCAGCACCACGGAAUCCAUCUGAUCAACUAUCUCAACCACACGAUGGCGGGCUUGAGCGAAACCGUGCUCGCGAUGGCCUGCUCGAGCGAUGACGGAAGUCCGAGUAAGGUGGUGUGCAUCAACCAGGCCUCGUUUGGAAAGCGCGAGUGGAGCUUCACCAUGCCAGGUUGCGAGGAUAUCGUUGGAGUGACCGCGUCGGACAAAAUCGUCAUCGUAGCGACGGACAGUCGACUGUUGCGGGUUUUUACGGCCCGUGGAACCCAGCGUGAGAUUUUGUCCAUCCCGGGGCCAAUCGUUGCCCUUGCCGCCUACGGAGACCAUUUUUUGGUCGCGUACCACAGCGCUCCGGCCAAUGAAGAUCAAAACAUUACCCUAAUGAUUGUGACGUGCAUAAACUUUAAGCUGCGCUGUCGGGAAGUACGUGUCCCACUGACGGCUGGCACGGAGCUGCGCUGGAUUGGGUUCUCCGAUCGGGGCUCCCCGGUAGUGUACGACACGGCUGGUGUCCUUAAUUUAUACCACGCUGCAUCGAACGUUUGGUUUCCCAUCUAUCACGCCGAUAAUUUGCAAACAAAAGGCGCAUCGGACAGUCUCUUCAUUAUAAAAGUGUCCGAAUCGACCCAGGCCAUACAGCUGAUUCUUUGCCGGGGGGCAAGGUAUCCACUGACCAAUCCGAAACCCGUUCCGAUGGAAGUGCAAUUCCUUCUGCCCUUGUGCGACCAGGACAGUGAGAAGGAGCAGCUCGAAGAGCAGCUGGUUCGUUCGUUGUACUUUAAGCAAAACAAUGCUGACAAGCUCAUAAUAGAAACGGCUCUCAAACUGUUCGCGCUUGCUUGUAAAAAUGAAUGUGAACAACGCGCCAAGGAGCUGGUGGAAACGAUUGCCUCGAGUCAGUUGAUUCCGCUGGCGAUUAAGUACGCGAGUAAAAUCCGUCGGUAUCAUUUGGCCGACAGCCUGGCCCCUUUGCUCCCAACCUUCCAGGAACAGGAAAACCAAGAGGAAAAGCUCGAGCAGGAACGCAUUCGAGAAAGUGAAGCCAUUGUGAGCGAGCUUCAGCAUAUCAAUAUUGAGGCGGUUACGAAAAAGGACACGACACCGAAAAUAAAACCACUUCCAGUUGGCACGAAAAAGUCGAGCAACCCAUUCCGUAAAUCAACGCCUGCUGGUGGUGAUUCCGUAGCGUCGUCGUCUCCCGCCUCCAUCCCGGGCGGCACCGGCAAUCCACUGGAACAUUUAACCGGCAAGGCGAUCGGAUUUUCGACCAGCAGCAAUAGCAGCGGUAGUCCAUACGUUGCCAAAGCGCCGGCCAAUGGAGGCCAAGUUGAGAAUAGGCCUCACAACAACAGCGCUGGAACGUCCGGAACGCCUAGUGGAUCGGGCGGAGGCAAGUUUAAACUCUGGUUCGAGCAAAACCAGGCCGAACUUCAGCAGCGCCAUCCGGAGGUUGAAAGCUCGGAGUUAGUCAGGAUCGGUGUGCGCGAGUUUAGGGCUCUCCAGCAGAAAGGUACGGAGGGUGGCAAAGCGUCGAAGGAAAAUGGUACUCCGCAUAAAACGUCCGAAAAGCGAAAGCUCGAUGAAAGUGAACCGGCGGAAAGUGGCAUCUCUAAGCUGGCCAAGUUUGGUUUCGUUCAGAACAAUUAAAUGGAACGCUAAAGCUAAUUUGUGGAUUGGAGUAAGUUCGUAUUAAGUAAGUAAACAUUUAUUUUAUCUAUAA